CCGCUUCACCGUGGGAGACAGAACGGCACCCGAACAGCAUCCGAGCCGCACCGACAGUCCGCAUCAGACCAGCCUCAGUGUAGUACCCUAAUGGCAACGGAGGACAAAGGAAAAACGGCGGCGCCCCAGGCUUUACCGGAAACGGGAUCCCUUUCAGCAGCAACAACACACGGCAAUCUAAACAAUAAUAACAACAACAAUAACAACAACAAAGACAACGAGGGAAGCGAAGGUGCCACUACAGCCACGGCUACAGCCGUUGAAUCCAGUGGGUCUGAAAAUAUCAUAGGAAACGGUUCAGCUGUUAAUACCACCGGAGGCAGUAACGGCAAAUGGGUCCGUCUCAACGUCGGUGGGACGGUGUUUCUAACGACACGACAAACGCUGCUAAAGGAACAAACUUCAUUUCUGUACCGACUGUGCCAGCAGCAAGACUUACAUUCGGACACGGAUGAAACUGGCGCUUAUGUGAUUGACCGAGAUCCCACCUAUUUUGGUCCCAUCCUCAACUAUCUGCGACAUGGGAAGCUGGUUUAUAACAAGGAGUUGGCAGAAGAAGGUGUCUUGGAGGAGGCAGAGUUCUACAACAUCACACCACUGAUUAAAUUAAUCAAAGAGAGGAUUCUUGAGCGAGACUCCAAGGCUACACAGCAGGUACCACCAAAGCACGUGUAUCGGGUGUUGCAGUGUCAGGAAGAGGAGCUGACCCAGAUGGUGUCCACCAUGUCGGACGGCUGGAAGUUUGAGCAGGUCAGCGUGCGCGCCUGCCGAAAACCCCGCCCCGGACUGCUCUGGACUAUGGUGAACAUUGGCUCAUCUUACAGCUAUGGAACAGAGGACCAGGCUGAAUUUCUGUGUGUGGUGUCAAAAGAGCUGCACACCUCGGGUGGGGGUUUAGGGACGGAGCAGAGCCACAAGACUAAGACCUCGGACACACAGGAGGAAGAUGGAGCGAGGAAGGAAGAGGAGGAGGAGGAGGAGGAAGUGGGAGAAAGAAAUGCCACCCCCAAUGAGUGGAUUAGAGAUUAGCAGAAACUUGUGUCAAAGGAAUUGCUGUUCCAGAUCCAUGGGUCCCGGAUGUAGGAUACAAAGAAUUUUAUUUUUCUAGAUAUCCAUUUUUUUUCAUGUGCUCAUGAUGCUGUUUUUAUAGCCAUACUUUUUUAGAUUUGUUGACUCGAACAACGGGUAU